CCCCACCCCCUUUCAUAGCAGCUGCAACACACGUAGAGAGACACACAGUUCUGCUCUUUAUUCUCCAGUAACGAUGCUGCGGAAAGUCCGAGAUCAAGUCAAGAAACAUCCAGGACUCAUCCCACAGUUUUUCUUCAUCUGUCUGGGCAUGGGUGGAGCGUUUCUUUAUUUGUUUCGUCUUGCCAGAGGACCUCAUGUCACCUGGAACAAGAGAAGCAACCCUGAGCCCUGGAAUAAGCUCAGUCCAAGCUACCAGUACAAGUUUGUGGCCAUUAACACAGACUACAAAAACCUGAAGAAGGAUGGACCAGAAUUCUGAACAUGUCACAGAUGUUGCCUCAACUAUUUUCAAGAAGAUGCUUAGAUGUCCUUGUGCCUCACUAGUCUAAAUACACAAUAAUAAUAAAAAAAAAAUAAUAAUAAUAAUAGAGAAAACUAAACUUGUAGGAUGUAGGAUCUUUUCUAUAUUUUUUAUUAAAGAAAAUUUUCAUGAACCUUUAUAUUUUCUUUAAAGACACUGAUAGACAUAUUUAUUAGCACGCGAUAAAGAGCAGAACAAAGUUAUACAUUUAUGUGCAUUAGACAUUAAGCGUUAUAGAAAUCCCCAAAAUUGCAGAGAUAACAUGACCUCUCUUUAGUGAGCAUGAGAAAGGGUGAAAGGAAGAUGAGAAAAUGUUUGUCUUUUUGUAAACAAAACCUUAACAGCAGAGACUCAUGGGAAAGAGACUGAGCUCCCUCAGGCCUGCCCUUGAAGUCUGUGAUUAUUUGGAAAAGCAGCCAUCUGUUCAGAACAGUGCAUAUUGACAUGUUUAUCUUUGCCUCGCUCUCUAUAUUUGUUUCUGCACUAAUGACUUCAUUUUUAUAUCAUUGUCAUCCAUCUGCCCAUCGUUCAAUUUCAUUUCAAGGUCUUCUGUACAAAUUUUCUUCGGCUAGCAAGCCAUAUAAACAAACUCAGGAAAUAGGCAAAUAUUUUACUCAGUGUGUUUACUCUUCAGACCCCCAGAGAUUUUUAAAUAAUACAUAAAAAUGGGGGGAAAUGUUAGCAUUUUAUCAUUAGCCGAUAAAUACAACUGUGAAGAUAAAACAUUUUGAAUACUGAGAAUGGACACAGAACUUUAUUUUACCCAGUCAAAUUCAGUUACUUUUUUGAAUUAUGCUAGAACUCUUGAAGGUUUUUAAUGAUAUAACUUUACACAGUAUGAAGUACAAAGAUUUUUAUAUUUUCAAGAAGGUUUGACUGAUUAUUUUUGAAAACUCCCCACCACCACUUUGGGUUUAUGUCCAUUGCAUGGUGGGGCAGAAUUUUGGUGCCUUUCAGUUCAUGACUUGCAAUACUGAAUAGGACUAAUAGAAAUGUAUAUUUGUUCAUGCAGUUACAAUUUAAUUAUUGACUUUUGGAUAUUCUUCAAUGAGAAAUAUAUAAUCUGUGUUUGUUUUAGAUGAGAUGAAUAAAGAAUGCUGGGG